AUGCAGUGGGACGAGCUGGUGCGUGAGCGGGGCCAGCGGGACAGGGCAGGGCGGGGCGGCACGGGCAGGGAUAAGCCCGGGGCCCCGGCAGUGGCCGGCGGGGGAUGGCGGGGAGAUAGCGGGCGUGGGCUCAGCGUGCGAGUCGGGGCAUGCCCAAGCACCAGGGAGGCUGCCCGUGGGGGGGCACUGGGGCAUCCCAGGCAGGGGCCAGCGCAGCAGCCGCAGGGCAGCAUCAGGCCUGCUGGAGGCAUUGUCUCCUCCUCGCAGCCCGACGGCACCCGUGUUCCUCUGGAGAUCGUGCUGAUGGAGAAGGUGGGCUCUGGCUGCCACUACAUCAUCCAGCUCCUCGAGUGGUUUGAGCUGCCUGACAGCUUUCUGCUGGUGAUGGAGCGUCCGGAGGGAUCGCAGGAUCUCCUGCAGUUCCUGCAGGAGCAGGAGUUCCUGUGCGAGGAGGUGGCGCGCUGGCUUUUCCGCCAGGUGCUGGAGGCCGUGCGGCACUGCACCGCCUGCGGCGUCCUGCACCGCGACAUCAAGCCAGAGAACCUCCUCGUGGACCCGGAGAGCGGCGACCUGAAGCUCAUCGAUUUCGGUUGCGGCACCUUCCUCCAGGAGCGCGCCUUCACACGGUUUGCCGGUGAGCCCCCAGCCCGGGCCCUGCUCCCAGCGCCGGGCACUGCACGGCCCCAUUCCCUCCGGGACUGCGGGGUGCGGCCUUCAGCCGGCGGCCGGCUCCUGGGCCACGGCAUCUGCCCCGUGCCAAAGGGCAGCCGGCAGCCGGCCCUGCCGACGGAGAGGGGGCUGCAAAAGCCCGGCCCUGGCCCCUCGGCUUGCCUGGCCGGCAAGGCCGUGGGCUGCUCCGCUGGCCUUCUCUGCCUUGCACAACGGUUUCUUGCCUUUGGCCAGUUGCCUGGGGGACGUGGGGUGGCCUCAGGGGGAA